CACACACACUCAUCCGAAAUACUAACCAGUUGACGUCAGCUAUAGCGAACGAUAAAAACAAUAUAUUGAAGAAAGAAGACAUUGACAGCAGUGCAUUAUAUUGGCAUUUAAGUGGACAGAAAGAGAAAGGAAAACAUGUGGAAGUACUUCAUAGCUCUUUUGAUAUUAUCGCUGUUUAAAAUCGACGAUGUUGCCAAUCAAGACAAUUUACCAAAGCCAGGCACUAAACCAGAUAAAGGUAAACCAGAUGACAGUAAACCAGAUGAAGGUAAACCAGACAAAGCUUCUAAUUUAAAUGCAGCUGAUCCAAGCAAUCCAAGGCAUCCACCAGGUCCUAUUUCAACGUCAAUUGGUUCUCAACAACGAGUAGCUGAAUGCUAUUCUCUUGUUCGAAAGUUGGACUGCAAAUUCUACACAUGUUUGAGUGAGAGAUUAAUUUGCCCUCAAACACUAUUAGCGAAGGAAAAGCCUAAUGUUUAUUGUAAAGGACCCGAUGAAAAGGUAAAAUGAUUUUUUAUGCUUUUU